CGUGGUGCAGAAACUACGAACCUUAAAAACAAACUGAGAUUUACUGUUAGAAUUUUGUAGUUUCAACAAUAGAAAACAUGCUAAUCUUAAACGUUCUAAGCAUAUUCUUGCUAAUCAAAGAAGGCGAAGCGAAAUAUGUCGAGGGUCAUCUGAAAACGAGUGCUGAUUGGGCAUUUCUGGCCAGAUUCUGUUUCCUGUCCAAUCACGGCCGUUAUCAGUAUGAGAUUGAGUACGAAAAGAGGAUUGGCGAACUAAAGCUACUGCUGUACUACGAUGAUAAAACGCAAUGGCCUGCUGUGUAUAAAACCGAUAAGACGUGCACUGAAAAACUUUCCGUACUCAGUGCGAUUGACAAUCAGAUUGUGCCUUUGACGUACACAAAUCAUCUCUAUUCCGGUUGUACCCUGGUGACUCCAAAUUCCAAAGAUGGUGGCAAACAUAUUGUUAGGCGACCUGCACCUGAUUCUAAACCGGAUCGGAUUCCAACGAAGGAAGAUGAUUCGUUUUCAUAUGAUCAAUUUCUCAAAUCUAGUACUACCGAAUCGAGCAUCGGAACUGAUGGUUAUGAUUUUAACUUUACGGAUGUUGAUUUGGAAUCACUAAAUACUACAGAUUUGUAUUCCGGUGAAAUUUCGUUUCACAAUGAUGCCUCUAAUGGAUUGGAAAAUAGUACAGAUUAUAAAUUAUUAGUUGAGGAACUGUUCCAAGGAAGUGGUGACAGCGGAAAUAGUAGUAGGAUUAGACGAGCGACAAAGUUGGAAAGGCUCGUUAUCAGUUGCGCCAACCAUGGAACGUUUACUAGUUCGAGACAAAGAUGGUGGUACAUUGCGAUAGCGAAUUGCGGAAGCAACAAAGGCUUGGAUGUUUGGUACAGAUUUAGAAUGACAAACGGUGCCCUGGGAGAUUUUUGGCACGAGCACUUUUCAGCAGAUGAAAUGUACAUACCGCCUCUCCUGCUGAUUGAAUCGAUCUCCUACACCCUAUUGCUGCUGGCGGUUUUCUUAUGUGCCAUUGAGCUCAAAACACGCCACUUGUACCACUGUACUUAUCGACUGUUCGCGCUUAGUGUCCUACUGCAGUGGUUCGGUGUCCUGUUGCUCAGUGUGACCUGGGCCAAGUAUGCCGUCUCCGGUAUUGGACCAUUUACCAGUUUCGGUGGAUUUUUCACCAGUGCCAGCGAGAUUACAUUUCUCCUACUGCUGCUCCUGAUGGCCAAAGGGUACACGAUCACCAGAGCACGGUUGAAGACCUGUGCCACGGUGAAAAUUACGGUAUUCACAAACUUGUAUGCAAUCGUGUACAUUUCGUUGUACAUCUAUCAAGCGGAGGCCUUCGAUCCCGGAGAAGUACUGAAUCUGUACGAAUCACCAGCUGGCUUCGGACUGGCUGGACUCCGAUGUGUGAGUUGGGCAUUUUUCAUCUACUCUUGCGCAGCCACAAUCCGAAAGUUCACUGAAAAAGGUCCCUUUUACUAUCCCUUCACUCUGCUUGGAUCAAUGUGGAUCAUGAGUGGACCAAUUCUAACCGUAAUGGGAGUCUCAGUGCUUGAUCCAUGGGUUAGGGAAAGUGUGAUGCACGGUGCUCUCGGUUUGGUAGCAUUUUUGGGUCACCUAGCGUUCCUUUGGUUGACUUGGCCUUCGAGAGCUAACAAGAGCUUUCCGUAUCACGUGAGGACCAAUCACGUCGGUAUUUCAACGGUCGACGAUGAAGUGACCUAUCCGAGACAUACCUACGAACCAGCUCCACCGGAAACUGGAGUCAUUAUCCCAUUGUCUAGUAACACGGCCACCCUGAACGGAAUCUAUGAUCAGUACUUGCGGGAGCGAAACGUCUACCAUAGCGCAUCGACUCCGAUUAGUUACGUUUCAUUCCCAGCCGCUGUGAAGGUUGAUGCAACCAACCAUCUUAAUCACCGCAAUAAUCACAAUCACACGCGCAUACUUUCGAGACCCCAGCAAUCUACUAGCAGUGAUUCGAUGGUAGACGACAAUCAGCCGUCUAACAUCUACAGUCCCCCGGAGAGUGCCCCACACAGUUUGGCCAUUAGCAAUAACACCCACAACAACAAUGAUGACAACAAUAACAAUUACGGCAAUGACGUCCUAGUCGACUCCGGUCAUCCCUCGUUGGACAUAUCAAUCUCAACCAGUCCUCCAAAGGAUAACGGAAGUGAUUCACUGAAUAAUAACAGCAGCUCCGAUGUAGGAACUGUUGUAGAUCAACGCCCGCCAUCCUCGGGGACGAUCGGCGUGACUCCGUUGGCACCUCCUCUCUCGGAUGAUCCGAACAUUAGCAGUCCGAAGAUGGAACCGACCAGGGCGUUCAAUCCCUUCAUUGUUGGAGCUGCUUCAUCGGCUGCCGCGGAGGAACGUCGUCGGCUGCCGAACAAGAUUCUACUGCCUAGACUUGAAGGAGGACACAACACGGAAGGUUCUGCCGUUCCGAAGCAUCUGUUUGCUGCAAAACGGGAGGAACGGGCUAGCUAAAAUGGAUAUUGGCCUUUCUGGUUUGCGUUCUACAUUAACCACGAGUGAUUUUUAUUGUAAAAUGUAAUAUUUCUUUUCGAAGGAGCACGUGUAACGGAAAUUCUAUAGAAAUAGUAGAAAGCUAA